CCGAAGGGGGGUGUGGAGUGAUAAAAAUUUAUGUUUUCAUCAAGCCGGGCCAAGGAGAAUGGGGGUCCCACACCCAAAAGAAUGAAGACACGACAGAACAAGGACUCAAUGUCAAUGCGGAGUGGACGGAAGAAAGAGACUCCAGGGCCCCGAGAGGAGCUCAGGUCACGGGGUCGAGCUUCCCCUGGGGGCGUCAGCACCUCCAGCAGUGAUGGCAAGGCUGAGAAAUCCCGACAGGCGACAAAGAAAGGCCGGGUGGAGGAAUCCUGCACCCCCAAGGGCAGCAAGCAGGGCCGAACAGAAGAAAUCUCGGAGAGUGAAGGGGAGGACACCAACGCUCCCAAAAAAACCAAAACCGAGGAGUUGCCCUGCCCUCCAUCCCCAUCCGAUGUUGACAGCCUUGAUGGCCACAGCUUCAACGAUGAGAUGAGCAGUGACCCACGGGACAUUGACCAGGAUAACAGGAGCACCUCACCCAGUGUCUACAGCCCUGGCAGCGUGGAGAAUGACUCCGACUCCUCCUCUGUGCUGUCCCAGGGGCCGUCUCACUCCUACCACCACCCUCCACUCUUCCCCCACACCCCGCCGGUACCCGACAACCUGUCCCUUCCACCUGAACCCAGCUUUGGGCUCCCCGGGGAGGUGCACCCCCAGGGACCCCCUGCAGGGAGCUACCACUCCCAGCUGGAGGGUCAGGCCUCCCGCAUUUUCCAGGCUCAAGCCCCGCAGACACCUGCCUCCUCCUCCUCUGCUGUUGCUGCCCCUUCUGCUCCCCCUUCCUCCUCUUCCUCCUCCUCCUCUUCUUCCUCCUCCUCCUCCUCUGCCCAUGCUCCUCUUUACCCUACGGCCAAUGUGGUCCAGGUUGGGGCCAAAAUUACCAGCGGAGUGGGGGGGCUCCCAGCACCAGGGGGUCGCGAGCAGACCCUCAGCGCCAAGCACAAUCCGCCACCCACCACCCCCAUCUCGCUGGCAUCAGUGGUCGGGGGGCUAUUCAACAAACACCUAGACCGCGGCUUCAACUCCUGCUCCCGCACAGACCUGUACUUUGUGCCCCUCGACGGCUCCAAGCUGGCCAAGAAGAGGGCAGACUUGGUGGAGAAAGUGCGGCGAGAGGCUGAGCAGAAGGCGCGGGAAGAGAAGGAGCGGGAACGGGAGCGAGAGCGGGAGAAGGAGCGGGAGCGGGAGAAGGAGCGGGAGCUGGAGAGGAGCGUGAAGAUGGCCCAGGAGGGCCGGCCGGUUGAGUGUUCAUCCCUCGGGCCGGUUCCCCACCGCCCCUCCUUCGAGCAGGGCAGUGCUGUAGCAACUGUUCCCCCGUACCUGGGCCCUGACACCCCAGCUCUGCGCACCCUCAGCGAAUACGCACGGCCCCACGUCAUGUCCCCCAGCAACCGCAACCACCCUUUCUACGUGCCGCUGGGUGCAGUUGAUCCAGGCUUGCUGGGGUACAACGUGCCGGCCAUCUACAGCAGUGAUCCAGCAACGCGGGAGCGAGAGCUGAGGGAGCGGGAAGCCCGUGAACGAGACCUGAGGGACCGGGACCUGCGUGAACGUCUCAAGCCCGGCUUUGAAGUCAAGCCAGCCGAGUUGGAGCAGCUCCACGCUGUGCCAGCUGCUGCCAUGGAUCCGUUCCCACGCCAUGGUGGGCUGAGUCUGCAGACGGCCCCCGGCCUUCAUCCUGCUUUUCCCUUCCACCCAGGGCUGGGCCACUUGGAGCGGGAGAGGCUGGCGCUGGCAGCUGGCCCGACCCUUCGUCCCGACAUGUCCUACGCCGAGCGCUUGGCAGCUGAGCGCCAGCACGCCGAGCGGGUGGCUGCUCUCAGCAAUGACCCUCUGGCCCGGCUGCAGAUGCUCAAUGUGACACCUCAUCAUCAUCAGCAUUCCCACAUCCACUCCCACCUCCAUCUCCACCAGCAGGAUGCCAUACAUGCAGCCUCAGCCUCUGUUCACCCUCUUAUCGACCCGCUUGCCUCGGGAUCACACCUCACCCGGAUACCAUACCCAGCUGGAACCAUCCCCAACCCUCUCCUGCCUCACCCUCUACAUGAGAAUGAAGUGCUGCGCCACCAGCUUUUUGCUGCACCCUACAGGGACCUGCCGGGCUCUCUCUCCGCGCCCAUGUCAGCAGCACAUCAGCUCCAGGCCAUGCACGCGCAGUCAGCUGAGCUGCAGCGCCUGGCUCUGGAACAGCAGCAGUGGCUUCACGCCCAUCACCCUCUGCACGGCGUGCCGCUCCCGACGCAGGAGGAUUACUACAGCCACCUGAAGAAAGAAAGUGACAAACCCCUUUAAAUGGACUUCUACUGUCAACGUGACAUCAUCAUGUCUUUCUCUCAAGAGGAGCAAUCAAUCAACCAAAUUCUGGGGGAGGGGAAGCUGCAGAGUGACACAUCCUGAACCCACCAUGCAGUAGAGUGCAAGAGAAGACGGGACAAAAAGUACAGGAUGGCAUCCUGGGAGCAGAAAGUGGAGGAGGGAAAAUGGGGAGGGACUGAAACACCACUAACGGACAUGAAACGAUCGGUACGUGAUUUCAGCAGAGCUCUGAAUAAGACAGAAUCGGCAUUGCACAGAGCUCAAAAAGACAAAGACUGAUGUGAAUUCAGGAUGGCAGCAGCUCCAUCCUUUGUUUUGGGGGAACAGUUGCAUUAAAUAAAAAGCGCAGAGCGUUACAGGACUUCAUGUACAUGAUGCUGCUGCCUUUUCUGCUUCUGCGAGGAGGCGGUGCGGCCAAGAAGCAACUCAAAACCCAACAGAGCCUUUUUUCAAGAUGCCUCCUCACACCCCGCCCCCCUUUAGGUGUAAGAUACUGCUUAGCGAUACAAAAAAGCAACGUGGAACUUUUUCAGAUUAGCCAGAGCAGCUUCCCAUUCUCCAACAUCCCUUCAGAUGCAAACAAAGCAUUACGGGACCCCUUCAAAAGCGGCCGCUCCUGCCUGCAGAGGGACGGGUCCCAGCCAUUGGGGUGCAAAGCACCGCAAGACUGUUUGCAAGAUGGUGGCUGUGCUUUCCCACGGCUGACGGGAACGGGCACGGCUAUGAGGUGCAAAGCACCAGGAGACUGUUUUCAAGACUGCAAUCACCACCAUGACCCCUUCUGAGCCCCGCGGGGAGAGCUUGAUGUGGCCGAGCGUACUGCGUCCUGGGACUCUUUAAGAUGGCGGCUGCCCCUUUCCCCUCACCCAUUCUAAUUGAUGUACUUUAACUCAUGCACAUCCUAUUAGACGUGGCAGUUUUAUGUAGCAACUUGUGACUCCCUUGCCCCCGCGUGCGUGUCUGAUUUCACAGUUGUAUCUCUCGAUUGGUCCCCGUAUAUAUAUUUACUUAACCAUUAAAAGGAAAAGAAAAACCAACCAACAACCCAGCUAUGGAAAACCACCCAAACGAAGUUCCCCACGCACUCCCAAGCCCCAACACACAUUCUAAUAAUUUAUAUAUAUAAAUAUAUAUAUGAAGCUCUUAAAAAAAAAAAACCCAAACAAAAAGACCCUUCCAG